UGAAUCAUGGGGCAAAGUUUCCUGAGCUCUUUAAUGUUUAACAGAACAGUUCUGGAUGACAUCACUGUACACCCGGUGCAAGGAGAGGAAUGGUAUGGCUGAAAUGCUUCCUCUUAGUGUGUUUAUGCACAGGAACACCAGACUGAGGAUGGCCUGUAAAUAAAAAGCUGACUUUUCAAACAUGGAUAUUCUUCCUCUUUUAGUGCUGCUUCUUUCAUGCCAGAGUGAAGUAAGAACACAGAUGACUCUGACCCCUGCGAGCCUCACGGUCGUCCGAGGAGAUGAGGCCAAAUUCACUUGCAGCACCUCCAACACUCUAUGGACUGUCAUGGUGUGGCUUCUAAGGGAUAGACCAGUACUAACUAUCUCCAAGCAGAAUGGAGUUUUGCCUUCUGUCAACCCAAACGUGACGGCUGUGAAAUGCUCCAGCUCAAAAACAGACUGCUGGGAGUUUAUACUGAGGAGGACAGAGAGGGACAGCCAAGGACAAGUUGUGUGUGAUUUGCAACAGAUUGAUAAAAGGACAGCAGCGCUGUUCGUACAAGAGAAGGGCACUGUGAGGCUGUUUGGAGAGAACCGGUUGGCUUUUAAAGGAGAGUUGGUCCUGUUUCAGUGCCAAGGAGCUGGAUGGUAUCCUGAACCCACUCUGCAAUGGCAGGUGUAUGAAAAAAUGGUGAGCAAGGAUGAAUACAACAUCACCUUGGAGGAGAAGGAGAAUCUCUUCACUGUCUCCAGCAACCUCAGCAUUCCAGCAGAGAGGAGCUCUGCGGUGGGCUGUCUGGUUUCUGUGCCUGCUCUAAAAGAACCUCUGGAAAGCAGCCUCAAUCUAACAGUAGUCGCAGAGGUGAUCAAGGAAGAGGAUGACUGCACAGUCCUGGUGGCAGUAAGCGCCUCUCUAGCUGCUGUUCUGCUGCUUGUGCUGCUUGUGCUGCUCUCCAUAAGCAUCGUCAUCUGCUACAGGCGGAGGAAAAAAGCAAAAAAAAAGCAGCAGGAGGUGAUAAGGUUCAACCAAUCGCAUUAUGGAGGGAACCCAGUUGCCGAGGCGACAGGCGGGAAUGUGAAUCAGGGGUUUUCCAGUGAGGACUCAACAGGUAUGGACAGCGGUGAGUUUAUCAUCGGAACUCGCAGCCAUAUGGACUUUGACACCUUCCACCAGGUCCCUGAUGUUGUACACUCCAGCAGCCUCUCUUUGCACACUGAGGGCCAAAGCACAGAGUUUCAAGAAGACGGAACAUACAGCGUUGUCAGAAGAAUUACCACAGUUUAAAUACUUUCCUUUUUUGUCAUUUACUGUCAACGUUUUAUACUUUCUGAAGCAGCACAAUAGUGUGAUAUUGAGCUUAAUGUAUUUCAAUAAAUGGUUAUUUUAGAUGUGCUGAUA